UUUCGGGCGACAAACAUAGAAAAAAUUUUACAACGAGGAAACGACAAGUGUGUGCUAACACAGCAAACGAGAGAAAAAAAAGAAAAUUGAUUGAGAACGUCAUCUAUUAUUUCAAGAACAUCUAAACCUGCUCAGAUUGAAUAUAAAUAAAAUACGUAGAAACGAAAAUUUGAAGUGAAAAGUGAAAAAUAGUUUUAGCAAACAGCAAAAACAGCAUUUUAGCUGAGCGAGACUGAGCAAGAUGGCCAAAGACUUCUACAAGAUUCUGGGCAUUGGCAAGAAGGCCAAUGACGAUGAAAUCAAAAAGGCGUAUCGCAAAUUGGCACUGAAAUAUCAUCCGGACAAGAACAAGAGCCCGCAGGCGGAGGAGCGCUUCAAGGAGAUUGCCGAGGCGUACGAGGUGCUGUCGGACAAGAAGAAGCGCGACAUCUUCGACCAGUAUGGCGAGGAGGGGCUGAAGGGCGGCAUGCCCGGACCAGAUGGCAAGAGCCAGCCUGGCGGCGGCUACGAGUAUCAGUUCCAUGGCGAUCCACGUGCCACGUUCGCGCAGUUCUUUGGCGCAGCGGAUCCGUUUGGCGUGUUCUUUGGAGGCGGCGACAACAUGUUUGGUGGCGUCAGUGGCGUCCCUGGCGGCAAUACAAACGAAGUCUUCCUGAACAUGGGCGCCGAAGAUAUGUUUGGGGGCUUCAAUCCCAAUUCCGGUGCCUUCCGCUCCCAGUCAUUCAAUGCCCAGGCGCCGAGUAGGAAGCGCCAGCAGCAGCAGGAUCCACCCAUUGAGCACGACCUGUAUGUGACGCUCGAGGAGGUCGACAGAGGCUGCACCAAGAAGAUGAAGAUCUCGCGCAUGUCCAUGACGCAGACGGGCAACUCGCGCAAGGAGGAGAAGGUACUCAGCAUCACAGUCAAGCCGGGCUGGAAGGCGGGCACCAAGAUCACCUUCCCCAAUGAGGGCGACCAGGCGCCCAACAAAGUGCCAGCAGACAUCAUUUUCAUCAUACGCGACAAGCCACACGGCCAGUUCAAGCGCGAGGGCAGCGAUCUGCGAUACACCGCACAGGUCAGCCUCAAGCAGGCCCUGUGUGGCGCGGCAGUGAGCGUACCAACACUACAAGGCGAUCGCAUCCCUGUGAAUCCAGCCAACGAAAUCAUCAAACCCACCACCACACGACGUAUCAAUGGCCGCGGCCUGCCCUUCCCCAAGGAACCGUCGCGACGCGGUGAUCUGAUAGUUGCCUUUGACAUCAAGUUCCCCGACAAACUGCCGCCCAGCCUGACGAGCCAGCUGGCGGAGAUGCUGCCAAAUUAAAAGGGGAUGAGAUGGGGAGGGGAGGGCAAGGUUCGCGCUGUAUGGCGAGACUACCAAUUCGUUAUUAAUUUAGUUAAGGUCUAAAUUUAGUUUGUAUUACGUAAAUUUAAGAGACAUUUGUAAACCGCUCGUUGCUUCGAUAUGAAACGCAUAGCUUGGCGGUGGACAGGAUUUAAUUGUAUAGUGCCAGGCAAACAGCUGUAGAUAAAUAUUUAUGUGUAGCAGAAAGCAGAAAGUAGCAGCAGGCGCUAAAUAUUCGCGAUAAGAUAAGCAACAAGAAGUAAAUAGAGACACACGACGACGUCUAAGUGGUGGGUGUGUGGGUAGGAGAACCCGUUCUGUGUCGGAGACUGAUCGAUUAUGGACAUGCUGCUACCAAUAAACCAAUUCCACAUUUUUAGUUAAAGUUCUCUGGUAUUUAAAUCUCUUUGAUCAUGUAAUUAGCCAAUGGAAGAAAGUAAGCAAAUAAAGUUAAAUUCAUUUUUAUGUUUGCC